AGAAGAUCUGAUAUUUACUUAAAUAUCUGUCUCGACAGCACAACAUAUAAUACACUACAAUCCUGACCUUUUCCCUAAGCCCGACGUCUUCAUGCCAGAAAGAUAGUUAGGGAACAAUACACAGACAUCUAAGACAAAUUCGAUUCCUUUCGGCAAGGGGCCACGUCCGUUGGCAUGAAUCUUUCUUAUAUGGAGGCAUAUGUCUUCCUAGGGAACCUUUUUCGCCGCUUCGACAUGAGCUUGCAUAAUGCAGACCAAUAUCCGCUACGUUGGAAAGAUUACAUUGCUCUCCAUUUGGAAGAUGAUGUCAUGAUUAGUAUUAAUAGCAUUAGGUGAGCUGUUGCUAGUUGUCAUAAUACGAUUUGGGGAUUGUUAUUUUAAACGAAGUGGAGCUCGGGUGGGUAUCGGAAGUGAUUUGUCUUAUGGCCUACCUAGAUAACAGUUCAUACUUGUAGUCCUUAUAUGUUGAAAUUGACAGCAUAUGUUAAUUAAUACGCGUGCUGAGUCUUGCUAUCUUGUGUGGCUUCCUA